UGCGCAGGCCCGAAACCCAGCUGGCGGCGAAGAUGGCGGAGAACGGCGGUCGCACGGGCAGGAGCAGCGGGAGCGGCGCGGGAAAGGGGGCGGUGUCGGCAGAGCAGGUAAUUGCUGGCUUCAACCGUCUUCGGCAGGAACAGCGGGGCCUGGCAUCUAAAGCAGCUGAGCUGGAGAUGGAGUUGAAUGAGCACAGCCUAGUGAUUGAUACACUGAAGGAGGUAGAUGAAACCCGCAAGUGCUACCGCAUGGUUGGAGGAGUGCUGGUAGAGCGGACUGUCAAAGAGGUGCUGCCUGCUUUGGAGAACAACAAGGAGCAGAUACAGAAGAUCAUUGAGACACUGACACAGCAGCUUCAGGCAAAGGGAAAAGAAUUAAAUGAAUUCCGGGAAAAGCACAACAUUCGUCUAAUGGGUGAAGAUGAGAAGCCAGCAGCCAAGGAAAACUCAGAAGGGGCUGGGGCUAAGGCCAGCUCAGCUGGAGUAUUGGUCUCCUAGGGGUCAAGGCAUUUGCAUUUUUUUCUACCCUGACUCCUCCUACUACUAAUUUCCCUUUAUUGUUAUUAUUAUUAUUUUCUCUGCUACUGUAAUAUUUUUUUGUUAAUUAAAUGUUUUGGUCAGAAUGCUUA